AUGGGCCUGGUCCCACAGCAUCGAUCCGGGCAAUUCAAGCGGCAUCAAACCGCAUCUACGCUGGAGUGUAGAGGCACCUAUUGCUGCCGGCAGGCCCAAGCGAAGACACGCCCGCCGCCGACAGAGGAGGGGAGAAGAAGGCGGAGCGCCGGCCGAGCAGCAGCCCCAGGAGGAAGAAGCAGCUCUGUCGAAGGGGAUCGAAGCGCAGAGAAGGAGCUGUUUCCGACCCUGGGACUGUGGGCCAUGAACCUCGUAGCGGAGCGGCGGCGGCAGAAGCGGAGGCCCGGGGAAUUCUGUUGGCUGGAGCCCGAGCGGAAACAGCUAUGUAGAAGUUCAGAGAAAGUUAUCUGCACUUCCCACCCACCAAGCAAGUGUGCUGAAGAUUAUGACAGUAUGGAGCUGGAUCUGAAGCAGAACAAUCCUAUGGAAUUUUUCAACCCUCAGAAUAUGAAAGAAAAGCCAACUUUAAUGAUAUUUCCGGAUAAUGAAACCAGAACUCCUGUUCAACCCUGUCCAAGAUGUAUUGCUGGAGAACCUGGUCACUUCAGCCACAUUAUGAAUUUAUAGAAGAUCAGAGAACUCUGAUGCACUGAUGGACCAUUGCACAAUGUAUAUGAAGUAUUUUGAGCUGUGAGAGUUUUUUACACUCCUUUUAAAUUGUAUGAAUGUAGUUUUUAGUGUAUAUGAGAUAUGAUUUGGGGGGGGCAUGGAAGAAACUCAUGCUUUUUUGACCUUUUAAUGUCCUAAUGUUUUUUUUUUCAUGUCCUAUAUUUUUACUUCAACAAACAGUUCACCUUAUUAGUUUCUUCCAACACAUGCACAUGAAUACUGGAGGCAUAAUCUAAUGAAUAUGGUUUAAGUCAGACAUGGACAAACUUUUGUCCUUCAGGUGUUUUGGACUACAACUCCCACAAUUCCUAACAGCUGGUCUACACUGCCAUUUAAUCCAGUUCAAAGCAGAUGAUCUGGAUUUUAUAUGGCAGCAUAGAAGGGGCCUUAGACCUUUCCACACUGCCUCUAUAUCUCAGGAUCUGAUCCCAGAUUAUCUGCUUAUCCCAGAUUAUCUGGUAGUGGAGACUCAUGUAAUCCAGUUUAAAGCAGAUAAUCUGCAAUCAGAUCCUGGUAUAUAAGGUAGCGUAGAAGGGGCCUCAGACACAUCUAGAAUCGACAUUACUUGCACUGUUUUUUCUGACUUGACCAUGGGGUGCUUUGCCUUAAUGAAAUUUCUGCAAAGUCCAGUUGACUUACAUGAUGUCCAGAGGCUGUAAUCUAUAGAAGUUAGAGUUCUGCAUAUUUAUCCAUAAAUGAUAAAUAUAGCUGUAUUCAUUUAGCACAUUGCAUCUCAAUUCUCUACAUGCCCAUCAUUGUGAAAGACCUUACUGCAUUAUUAGCAAUCACUCUAAUGCUGCAUCAGGGGAAAAUACACUAUCUGUCUGAGAACAUUUCAUCAUCACUAUUAUAAUUAUUGUAAAACACAUUAUUUAACUCUUUUAAAAAAAAUAGGCAUAAUAGUCAUCAUAUAUCAUACUCUUUUCUUUUUUAUAAUUCAUAUUUCAUGAUAUACAAGAUUCACAAACUGACAAGUUUGUAGAGCACAUGGCCACAUGGGGGGCAUUGAAUAGGAAUGGCAGUUCCCCUUCCUGCUGCACCUUAUAGUCUUAAAAGUAGAACCAGCAUGAAAGAACUAAGGCAAGUUGAUUUGCUACUCAGUAGAUAAGGGAAGGCAAGAAAGGAUAGUUCUGACCACAUAAUUAUGGUUUGUUUCCAUUGUCCAAUGGAAUAGUCCCAUUUUCUCAUUCACUCAUAAAUACAAUCUAUCCCUGGGGUGUUUCUGCAUGCAAAGCAAGUGUCCUAUCACUUGAGCUAAGCCAUAUUCCAAAUCUUAAUGAAGCAUGUGUUUUCUAUGCUGCCAAAUGCAGAGACACGUUUCCUGCACUUCAAAAUAGCAUUUUAAAACUCUACAGAACUUCCAAUGCAAAUUUUGGAACAAUGUCUACAGAAAUAUAACUUUACCAUCUCUUCUGAUUCAGUCAUUCUUAUCCUGUACUUGUAGGAAUUAACUGAAGGACAAGGGCUUACACAUGCUAGAUAAUUCACUCCAUGCAUUCUCACCCUUCAGUAGAUUUUACUUUCAAAACUCUUAAUGCAGUUUACAAUGAAGUAUAAAAGACAAGAUACAUUGUGUUCUGUAUCUCCGGAUCUCAUCCCAGAUUAUCUGCUUUGAACUGGAUUAUGUGAGCCUGCAAUCAUCUGGGAUAAGAAUAUAAUCUGGGACCAGAUCCUGGGAUAUAAGGCAGUGUAGAAGGGCCCUUAGAGUAAAUGGUCAAGUACUAUGCAGACUAUAAUAAUAUGCAGAGUUACCUGGGAGUAACAUAAUGAAACACAUGGGAGUUGCCCCUGAGAAAACAUGCAUAGCAUUGCAGUAUUAGCAAGCCAACCAUGCCUCUGACUUCUCAAGCUCAUGGAAGAUUGCAAAUAUAUUGUCAAGCAUGUUUGGAGAAUUCUAGGUCUACACAUCCACACAUUGGCCAUACUUUGGAAUAGGGCUUAUAUAUGCAGAGUCCAGUGUAUACGGGGUCCGUCUGAAGAGUCAUUACCUUUCAAAACAGAGGAGGUAGAGAAGUCCAUAGGUGUCAGUUAUUAUACUGUACAUUAAAAUGGACAACAAUCAGAUGUUAGGGAGCUACACUGGAUCUCCAGGAGGUCUUGGAGGGCUAUGUCUCUUUGUAAAAAAAAAAUCAUUUCCAGUCCACUUUGCUAUUAUAUAUGUAGGUCUUUCCUGGUCUUAAAUGGCCAGAGGCCCACAUUUCCUCAUCACCACCCCAAAAGGCAUUUAAGGGUCAUUUUAAUAUGUUUUUUAAAAAAAUAAUAGGGGUCCUAUACCCACAUUGGACCAAUAGUGUACCUUGCCCACCCCUUCUGUAUGCUCAUAACCCUCCUUCCAUUACAUUCACAUAGUGGAGUGAGUGGGUACAUGGCAGUGCCUAGUAGAGCUUGAUUCUAUCCCGACUCCUUACUGUUCAUAUCAAAAGCUUUGUAGAGACUGAAAUCAUAGUCCUUAUUGUAAUUUUUUUAAAGAUUGCCUCUUAUAAAACAAAAGGGAAGGCAUCAUAAGCAGAGCCGGCCCUAGGUAUUUUUCAAGUGUAGGCAAACAGAAUUUUGCCCCCACCCCCACCCCCAAGUCAAUCACUGAAAAAUAAAAGCAUUGGGUAAGCAAAAAUGUUUGAUAAUAAGGAGGGAUUAAAAAAAAGCCUAUUAAACAUCAAAUUACAUUAAGAUUUUACAAAUUAAGCACUAAAACAUCAUGUUUUACAACAAAUCAACAGAAAAAGCAGUUCAAUACCUUGCGGAGGCAGGCGGCAGGAGACAGGAGUUUCCUCGAUGGCGCCCCCAACUACAUGGCGCCACAGGCAACUGCCUAGUUGGCCUGGUGGUUGAACCGCCUCUGAUCAUAAGUUUUUAAGUAGUCUCAAUAAACUUUGGCUUUGACUCUGUUCUGUGUAGGAUGCAUUGUAGCCCCAGAUUAACCUUGAAUUGAAAAUUAAAGAGUGUGUGUAAGCCAUUCUAUCCCCAUCCCUGUUCUCUCCUGACUACAUCAAAGGUGAGGAGAUCUGCAUAAAGGGUGUGCACUGUGAUGUCCACUCACACAAGGCCUCCUACCCAAUGGGGAAAAUGUGAGGAGAUCUGCAUAAAUGGUGUGCACUGUGAUGUCUACUCAGACAAGGUCUCCUCACCCAAUGGAGAAAGGAAUUUUCUCGGUCCCAAAUGUAGCAUUUUUCACAAGGCUGGAUGGGCCAUUGAGCAGGGGAAUAAAUAGCAUUGGAAGUCCACUUCUGCCUGCCCUGUUGUUGAUCCAGCCCAAUGGGUUUUCCUCAAGCCGUCAACAUAGUAUGCUGAUUCUAAGCAAUACUGGACAAACCUAGUAAGUCUCUAGUUCUAUUUUUGGAAACUUAUGUAUUGUUUUAGAAUCUUGUGCAACAGCAACCUUGGAAUAUGUAUGUAUAUGUAGCCCAAUAUCUGGUAUGAAAUUAUGAUCUUACAUUAGAAGAUUGUUUAUUUUUUAAAAUGCCUUACAAAUGUGCAAUAUAGCACUUUAUUUUUUAUAUCCUGAAAUCAGAUAGUGUCAUGAUCACAGAAAAAUGUCAUCAGUAUUGUUUUUUUAACUUUGAAAUUAUUUUUGUAAACAAAUAUAGAUACUAAUCUUUUUGAAUAAAAACCUAGUACUAUUGCUUUCAUAUUUUUAAAUAAGAUAAAUGUUAUUGCUUUGAAUUUAAAUGGUACAAUUGAGUUUAAAUCUUUGUAUUAGGUAAAUUGUCACAUAUAAAGUGAAGCAUCAAGUAACACCUUGGCCAGUCUAAUCAUAUAACAUUUUUUACAUUUCUGCUGCUUUUCUUCUUUUCCCUUUUUAUAUGCAAAGUCAGUGUAUAACACAAUUGAAAUUAACCCUCCUGUGAAAUAUGCCUUUUUUUGGUAAAGUACUGUUUUCUGUCCUACUACUAAAAAUCAAACCUGUGCACAUUGCAGAAGAUUUUGCUCAUGCCCAAUUCCAUCAUUUUGAAUAUAAAUAAAUAUUAUGCACUACAAUUUUA